AUGGCUCAGAAAUGGGCAGUUCUGGCUGUGCUCCUUUUCUUGCCAAUCAAUCUGGUUGAAGCUCACAACUGGGUGAGUGUGGAGAUUGGCCGUGAAGCUGUGCUGAGUUGCCCCAACAUCUCCAACGUGCCUUCGCUGCUGGUGACGUGGAGGAGGAAUUGCAGAAGCUGCUGCUUCUUGUCCUAUAGAAGGGAUCACAAUGAGACAAGCAGGCUGAACUGCAGUGAGAGGAUCACAUGGAAAUAUUCACCUGGCAGAGACCCUGCACUUCGUAUUUACCCUGUGGACCUCGGGGAUGAGGGAAUUUACACCUGUGAAUUUGCCAACACUGAAGGGAAUUUUCAUUUUCUCUCUCCUCUGACUGUGAUAGUCCCUCCUACGGUGACUCUGACCCAUGAUAAGAGCAGGGUGGCUGUGUGCCAGGCAUCUGCAGGAAAGCCAGCUGCUGACAUCUCCUGGAUCCCUGCAAGCAAUCACAGCUCUGAGGAAGAAUUCCGUCACCCCAAUGGAACAGUGACCAGAGUGAGCUACUUUGGCUGGGCCAACAGCUCAUUUCCCUCUGUCACCUGCCUGGUCACCCACGCAGCCAUGAACCAGACUCUGGUCAUGGACCUGAGAUACACCUCCCGUAGGCUUCUCUACAUCCUGACAGGAGCAGCUGCAGGUACCAUUGCUGUCAUUGGUCUGACUUUAUGCUUGAUUUUCAGGCACAGAGCUUGCUGCUUACGUAAACGGGCACAGGGCCCAGCAGAACACUCUACAGCUAGAGCCUCGAAGUUCUCACCUCCACGUGCAACAAGAGCAACAGUCAGUCCUCCUGACUUUCCAGAGAGCAUCUAUGUGAAUUGCAAGCCAAGAUCUAUUUAUAUAACCUUAUAA